AUGGACCCUCCCGACCCUUCUGGUACCGUCUUCUACCUCGAGUCUGCAAACGAGCAUGCUGCGGCCGUCAUUGAGGAUCCCGCUAACGAAGCCCGCCGAUGCUACGCACCCCACAUCGACCCUGACAAGCCAGUCUUGAGAAUUGGGCUGGACCAGCAGCCCAAGAACCCGCCGUAUCUGGUAACGUUUGGCCGGCGCGAGGACAACGAUGUGGUCCUCAACCAGCGCUUCUCGAGAAACGACCAGUGUUACUUUGACUUCAACAGGGACACCGGAGAGUUGCUCCUACACGAUAUAUCCAGGAAGCAUGACACACACCUCUGUGAUGUUAUCACUGUCGGCGGCUCAGGCGACAAAGUAGAGAAGCAUGUAGGCCGUUCCCAAAUAUGGAAGAGCCCUCGGAAGUGCGUCGUGGUACUCAGCCCCGACUUGUAUGGCAACCCCAACACUGGUGCUGUCCAACGCCAAUGGUUUUUCAUCAUGAGUUCCGCCCGCUUUUUGAUCAGAACACCAGCAUGGCAAGACCACGAAGAAGCCGUUAUUACCCAAAAGAAGCUUGCAUUCGCUGGCCAGGUCGACCCUAACCAAACGUUGGAGUCAACUUUGCAACGCAUCUUCGCUGCGGGCUUGCAGGCUCUAAACGCUCAAGGACUGGCAACUACGUACAAGUCCGAAUCAACCAUCCAGAACCUUAAUACCCACAAUACUCGAUUUAGAACCCCACUUGAGCCUGCCGACCUCGAUAGGAUCCGAUUCUUGGAAAAGGGGGGCAAGGGGAAGUCCACAAGGUCGUCGACAUGUAUACCGGCGCGCACCAUGCUUGCAAAAUCGUCGCGGAAGAAGAUAGAAAUGGAAGUGAAGAUGGUUCAGGCGCUGCAACACCGGCAUAUCGUGCCGUAUAAGCAUGCCCAGGGAUUCAUGACGGAGCGGAACAUCGAAAUCUUCAUGCCUAUUUAUGAAGGUAAUCUCAACGACUUUGUGAACCUGGUAAAGGGCGAAGCGCCACACACAUUGCAAGUCCAGAUCCACAGGAUGCUACUCCAGGUCUUAAACGCACUGGAUUUCGUUCACAGUCGCAAUCCGCCAGUCAUCCAUCGAGACGUGAAGCCCCCGAACAUCCUCUACCAAGGUGACAGGUUUCUUCUGACAGACUUUGGCAUCGCCAAAACCGUCGAUACAUCAGACACUUUGGUUGGAACAGAGCGGUACAUGGCCCCGGAGGUUGGGUCGGGCGGCGGGCAGACGACCAAAGUCGACAUAUGGGGGCUCGGUGUGACUGUCACUGAGUGUUUGGCUGGACUCCCGUCGAAUGGGGAAGAGCAAGUAGCAGCCAGGUCGGGGCAGCGGUGGUUGCCAUUCCAGCUACGCCUAGAACGGCACGCACCUCACCUUCAAUCCGCCCUCAAUGUCGACGCCAAUGAACGUCCGACGGCUCGCGAGCUACUCGGAGCUGUCGAGCGGUUCAUCAUAAACACCUCAGUGCAAACCCCAUUACCUGGUGUCAACUUAUCCAACUCGGACGCACCGUCAUCGGUUGCCAGCACAAUUCUCACUCCCAUGGAUUGGAUACCAACGCCACCAGAGCCCUUGCAACCCAUUCGCAACGCUGUCGCCAAGCCUGCUUCGCAGUCGACGAGCGCAGCCAGGAGCCAGCCGUGGGGGGUUCACAGAGCAAAGUCGGUCGGGUUACCAGCGGAACAGAUCAUCACAGAGCCGGCCACGGGCACCGUCUGA